AUGCGAAGAGUAGUUGUGACCGGAAUGGGAAUGGUGUCUCCCUUGGGCUUGAAUGUGUCUGAAUCAUGGAAUAGCCUACUCGCAGGAAAGAGCGGAGUUGUGAGAGUGAAAGACAGAAAUAAAGAUUUGCCAGAUGUCUACAUGGGACUCAUACCAUAAUCAUUUGAUACCAAGCCCUAUCAAGUAGAGUAUUGUCCCAGCAAUUUGACAUCCUAUGCUAUGUGUGCUGCUCAAGAGGCCAUAGCUGAUUCGAAUGUACUGAACGAUUGUGAUCCAGAUAGAAUUGGAGUCAAUAUCGGAGUGAUGAAUUCAAGCAUGACUAAAAUCACCGAAAUCAUUAGCAAUGCAGCCUUGAAAGGUACUAGCAGAAUCAAUCCAUUUACAAUGCUCUAUGUAUUAUCCAAUAUGCCCACUGCCUUAUUGACUAUUAAAUAUAAGCUUAAAGGGCCCAGCAGCACAGCCUCAACUGCAUGUGCAACAGGUGCUUCAGCUAUCGGAGAUUCUUUUAGAAAAAUUAAGUAUGGAGAUGCUGAUAUCAUGAUUGCUGGAGGAACAGAAGAUACUUUCAACACAACAGCCAUCUAUGCUUCAAUCAAGAUGUAAGCUAUGUCCACAAAAAUCUAUGAUGAUCCUACUAGAGCCUCAAGACCCUUUGAUGAAGAGAGAUCAGGAUUCUUAUUGGCUGAAGGCAGUGGAAUCUUGGUGUUGGAAGAGUAUUCAAGAGCAAAGAGAAGAGGAGCCAAAAUCUAUGCUGAGAUAUUGGGAUAUGGAGAAAGUAGCGAUGCUUUUCAUCUGACUCGACCUCAGGAUAAUGGAGAGGGGGGCAGAGCUGCCAUGUUAAAAGCACUGAAGGAAGCCAAUAUUAAUGAUGUCGAUCUCAUCAAUUGUCAUGCCACGUCUACCAAAGGAGGAGAUAUAGCAGAGGCUAGAGCCAUAGCUGAUUCGAAAGCUACUUUGGUUGCCAAUAAAAGCCAAUUGGGACACACCUUUGGAGCAGCUGGUGCCAUCGAGUCGAUUUUCACCAUCAAAUCUCUAUAGGAAUAAAUUAUUCCUCCCACUAUCAAUCUUGAUAAACCCAUUAUUAGAGAGAAUCAAUAUUGCAAGGAGGCCACAGAGAAAUCAUUAAAAUAUGCUUUGAAAAAUGCUUUUGGGUUUGGAGGUGUCAAUGUUUCUCUAGCAUUUGGUAAAUAUAAUUGA